ACGUGGUCCAACAACGCUGCAGCUGGACCAGCGCAUGCAGCAACAGCAGCAAGAGAUACAAAAUAUUCGUCAGCAACAGCAACAAGAAAUGCAUGAUGUUCCAACAACAAAAUUUCAGGUGAUAAAUGAGCGACAUGAACAAAUAGAGCAAAUACUAGAGCAGCGAAAUCAAGCGCUAGAACGACAAAUACUUUCUGAAGAAAUGCCACAUAAUAGGAUCCCAACAUCAGGGCAGCCAUGUGUUUACGAAGCGUCAGAAGAAGAAGUUGCUUUAAAAAACUUAGCUAAAGACGUUUACGUUCAUUUUACAUUGUUGAUCGAUUAUAUUAGCUACGGAAUAAAUUAUUUAAUAUCACUGAUACUAAACAAUUUUUUCGGUUAUCCGGAACCAAGUAAAGUACACAUUGCCACACCUACAUUUCAUCCUGCCGUACUAAUAACGGGAGCGUCAGUAGGCGUAGGAAAAGACGUAGCGUUAAAUUUGGCGAGAAAAGGAUAUACUGUAUUCGCAGCAGUAAAUAAAGUUGAAGAUUUUCAAUCAUUACUUGGACAAUUCAAAAGUUUUAAAAAUGAAAAUAAUGGAACACUUCGUUGUAUCGUAAUGGAUAUGGCAAACCGGAAAGCUAUGCAAAAGACGUAUCAUACUAUUCGUCAUGAUAUUGGACGAGAUAUUCCAUUCGUGGGUUUGAUUAAUGUUGCAACAACUGUAAUCUAUUUGCCACUUGAAGUCGCAUCAGAUGCAGCAAUUCACGAUAGCUUCGAGACAAAUCUUUUCGGUGUAAUAUAUUUAACUAAAUUAUUUUUACCACUUUUGAGGGAGAGUCGAGGAAGAGUUAUAAACGUUGGAAGCAUUUCAUCGUUAAGUUCUGCCUCGUCAAUGGCCAUUUAUGCUGCUUCUAAAGCGGCAUUAAAAGCUCUUACUCGUACUUGGCGACAAGAAGUUAGAUCAAUGGGAGUUAACAUGGUGCUAAUAGAGCCAGGGUUCUCCACCAGUUCACCAUAUCAUGAAAACCUUCAACAUGUCAGCCCGAGAACACUGGAGACUUAUGAUACACAAUUCAAAAUUGUUGGAAAACUUUUCGAUGAAGUAGUCGAUGCUGCAAAUCCUCCAGGAAUAGUCACCGAUGCAAUUGUUCAUGCUUUGACUUCCAAAUUCCCAAAAUCUACUUAUUAUGUCGGAAUGGAUUCGAAAUCUUUGGCGUUGUUGAAUUGGCUUUUAGGUGAACGUAUUUCGGACGCUAUUCAGGCAAAGAUUUUUGGAUUUUAA